AUGCCAUUGCCAAUGCCAUCCUCUUUAACUACUGUGGCUCCUCUGCAAGUGCAACAGCUCUGUCCAUCCAAUUCCAUCUCACUAACACAGAACCCUCCAUGGAUUCCAACUCCGUAUCUGCUCUCCAAAUACCCAACAAUUCAUCAUCUCAGCUCCUGCAAAACCAUGAAGCAAUUAACUCAAAUCCACGCCCAAACCAUCACUACUGGUAUCUUCCAUGACAAUUUCGUUGCUUCCCGCAUUCUAUCCUUUGCCGCUCUCUCUCCUCACGGUUCCAUCAAUUACGCCCGCCUCCUCUUCUCCCGAAUCUGUAAGCCUGAUGUCUUCAUCGCCAACACCCUCAUCAGGGCUUACGCGUUUAGCCUGAAUCCUGUUGAUGCCAUCCUCUUCUAUACUCACAUUCUGGAACACUCCCUGGUUCGUCCUGAUAUUCACACAUUUCCUCUCCUUUUGAAAGCAUGUUCGGAGAUCCCCUCUCUUUCGCUUGGCCAAGCUAUCCACUCUCAUGUCUUCAAACUGGGGUUGUCCUCCCAGGUUUCAAUCCUAAAUUUCUUGGUCCAAAUGUAUUCGUCUUGUAGUUCACUUGAAUCUGCAAAACUGGUUUUUGAUAGAAUUCCCGAAUGUGAUGAUGCUUCGUGGAAUAUAAUGAUGUGUGGCUACAUGAAAUGUGGUCGUUUGGAGCUUGCCCGAGAAAUGUUCGAUGGAAUGUGGGACAGAAAUGUUGUUUCUUGGAGUGUCAUGAUUAAUGGGUAUGUCCAGAAUUCCCGUUUUAAGGAGGGCUUGGAACUUUUUCGAGAGAUGUUGGUCAAGAAAGUGGAGCCAAGUGAGAGUGUGCUGGUGAACAUUCUCUCUGCAUGCUCCCAUUUGGGAGCCAUGGAGCAAGGAAAAUGGAUUGAAGGAUUCCUGAGAAAGAAAGAAUCUGGGUUUACUGUUCGAUUGGGUACUGCACUAAUAGAUAUGUAUUCAAAAUGUGGGUGUACGGAGAAAGCACUUGAGAUUUUCCAUGAGAUGGAGGAGAAGAAUGUACUUGCUUGGAGUGCAAUGAUCAACGGGCUUGCCAUUAAUGGACGAGGGAAGGAUGCAUUAAAUCUCUUUUCUGAGAUGGAAAUGUUCGGAGCUAAACCAAAUGAGGUAACUUUCAUUGGCGUUCUAAACGCAUGCAACCAUUCAGGGUUCAUCCGUCGUACUGGGUUGUUAGAUGAAGCAGAAAAGGUUAUCAAAACCAUGCCAAUGAAACCCAAUUCAGUCAUUCUUGGGGCCCUCCUCAAUGCAUGCAGGAUUCAUGGAAAUACCCAAUUAGGUGAACAAGUAGGAAAGCAGCUACUUGAAUUAGAGCCGAACCACAGUGGGAGAUAUGUACUCUUAUCAAAUAUAUAUGCUUUGAGUGGAAGGUGGGAUUGUGUAGCUGAGCUGAGGGGCGUCAUGAGAGAGCGAGGGAUCAGUAAGAUACCCGGGUGUAGUUUCAUAGAUGUGGGGGGUGCCAUUCAUGAGUUUGUUGCCUGGGAUAAUACUCAUCCUGAGAGUGAAAAAAUUUAUGGCAAGUUGGAAGAAAUAAGCAGAGAACUAAAGCUUGCAGGUUAUAAGGCAAAUAUGAGUGAAGUACUACUUGACAUGGAUGAAGAAGAGAAAGAGACCGCCCUUUGCCACCACAGUGAGAAGCUGGCCAUUGCUUUUGGAUUCAUAAACAGUAAGCCAGGAACUACAAUCCGAAUCACAAAGAACCUUCGGGUUUGUGCAGAUUGCCACUCAGUUACAAAGUUAAUCUCAAAGAUCUAUAAUCGGGAAAUAGUCGUGAGGGAUCGAUGUCACUUCCACCAUUUCAGAGAUGGUUCUUGUUCUUGCAUGGAUUUUUGGUGAACUUUGUGAGUAUGUAGUUUUUCAGUCUCUGUCAUGUAAGAACAUUUUUAUGAGCACACGAGUAGAGUGAAGAGCAAAAAG